AUGUUUUCUGUCUUCAAUACCUCCAAUGCUAGUGCCUUGCAAAUUCUCACCAUCCUAAGCUUGCUCUUGGCCUCUGCUGCGCAAAUCUCAUUCUUAUCCUCCCAAUCUAAUUCCAAUUCCGGAGUCAAUGUGUGGCCAAAGCCAAGAAACUUUUCGUGGCCUCAGCCGCAGCAGGCCAACCUGCUCUCCCCUAACUUCACCAUCACUUUUCCAGACCACCACAAAUACCUAUCAUCCUCCGUAAAACGGUACCUGCAGCUUAUUCUAAGCGAGCACCACCGCCCCCUCGUCAACCCGUCCUCCUUCAUCCACAUCAACACCUCCGCCCCACCCUUGCUCACCCUCUCCGUCACCGUUGCUGAUCUCAGCGCCCCUCUUCACCACGGUGUCGAUGAGUCGUACACACUUUCAAUCCCCAUCGCCGGAGGAGCCGCCGAUCUGGCUGCCCAGACGGCGUGGGGCGCCAUGAGGGGCCUCGAGACAUUUUCACAGCUGGUGUGGGGCGAUCCCUCGCUCGUGGCUGUGGGCGUCUACGUGUGGGACUCUCCACUCUUUGGACACAGAGGAGUGUUGUUGGACACCUCUAGAAACUUCUACGGAGUGCAGGACAUGCUCAGGACCAUUGAGGCAAUGAGCGCCAAUAAGCUCAAUGUCUUCCAUUGGCACAUCACUGACUCUCAUUCUUUCCCACUGAUGGUGCCUUCCGAGCCUGAGUUGGCAUCUAAGGGAUCUUAUGGGUCGAAUAUGCACUACUCUCCGGCUGAUGUCACCAAGAUUGUUGAGUUUGGUUUGGAGCAUGGUGUCAGGGUUCUCCCGGAAAUCGAUUCGCCUGGCCACACAGGAUCGUGGGCCGCAGCCUACCCAGAUAUUGUGACAUGUGCAAAUAUGUUCUGGUGGCCAGAUGGAGUUGAUUGGGCUGACCGGCUUGCUUCUGAACCAGGAACCGGUCAUCUGAAUCCAUUGAACCCCAAGACCUACCAAGUCCUCAAAAACAUCAUCCGUGAUGUGGCAACGCUAUUCCCUGAACCAUUUUACCACGCUGGAGCUGAUGAGAUCAUACCUGGGUGCUGGAAAGCUGAUCCGACCAUUCAAUCAUUCCUAUCUGAGGGUGGAACUCUCAGUCAGCUCCUUGAGCUUUUUGUCAACUCCACUUUCCCUUACAUUGUAUCACUUAAUAGGACAGUGGUGUAUUGGGAAGACGUUUUACUGGAUGAUAAUAUCAAGGUGCAAUCAACAGUUCUUCCCCAAGAGCAUACCAUCUUACAAACGUGGAACAAUGGUCACAACAACACUAAACGAAUUGUGUCUUCUGGAUACCGUGUCAUCGUGUCAUCUUCGGAAUUCUAUUACUUGGAUUGUGGUCACGGUGACUUUCUAGGGAACGAUAGCAUCUAUGAUCAACAAACAGGCAGUGUCGCAAAAGAUGGGGGAUCCUGGUGCGGUCCUUUCAAAACAUGGCAAACCGUGUAUAAUUAUGAUAUAACGUAUGGAUUGACUGAAGAGGAGGUGAAGUUGGUGCUAGGUGGAGAGGUUGCAUUGUGGUCUGAGCAAGCUGACCCGACAGUUUUGGAUGCACGAAUUUGGCCGCGAGCUUCAGCAGUGGCAGAGUCAUUAUGGUCAGGGAAUAGGGACGAGAAAGGUAUGAAGAGGUAUGCAGAGGCAACUGAUAGGUUGAAUGAAUGGAGGAGCAGAAUUGUGGCUAGAGGUGUUGGGGCUGAACCCAUUCAGCCACUUUGGUGUGUCAGGAACCCAGGGAUGUGCAACACAUUUAACUCAUUUGGUUAA